GUGCUAGAGUGAGCAGAGAGAGAUGUUUGCACCAAUAAACUAAAAGUCCGACAAAGUCGUGUCAUUAGUUGGACGUAGAGAAGACAAACUGCGACAGAGGCGUCGACCCGGUCACGCCAGUAUGGACCCAACACCAAACUCCGCCCUUGGUAUCGAUCUAGUCGACAUGCAGAUCGAUGCGCCCCGCCCCCCCUCCCUCCUGACAGAGUCCUCCCAAAAUGGCGCAGGCGGGCCCUCGCGGCACACACUGGGGGGAAGACGAGACCGUCUUCUUGAUCCACCAGCUGAAGGAGUUCAACAUCCUGCGCUGCCUGGACGGCCGCAAGCACAGGAACGGCGAGGUCUUCACGCGGGUGGCCAGAGAGUUGGAGAACGCCGGCUUCUGUCGAACCCCGGAGCAGAUCCGCGUCAAGUGGAAACGCAUGAAGCAGCUCUACGUCAAGGCCAAGAAGGACGGCGGCGACGCCAACAUCGCCGACGCCUGUCCCUACUUCCACCUCUUCGACGACCUGCUCGGACGCCCGCUCUCGCAAAGCCAAAGUCCGGCGUACGGCUUGGAUGUUGGCUUCGGGGCUUCCUUUUCAGGGACGUGGACGCGGCGCUCGGCAAAAAGCGACGCGGCCGAGCGCAGCGACUCGCACCCCCGGGAGAUCCGGCCGGCGCCUUCCAACUUAAAGGCCGACGUGUGGCAAUACUUCGGCUUCUACGACGUGCCCGACGGCAGCAGACUGGACAAGAGCCACUGCAUAUGCAAGAUGUGUCGCUGCAAAAUCAAAUACUUGGGCAACACGUCCAACAUGAGAAGCCACGUGACUCGGUUCCACCUGGCCGAGGCGCUGGGGAGACGGCAGGCCGCCGCGGGCGACGCCACAAACGCUGACCCCACAACCCUCGAGGAAGCAAUUAAGAGCGAGCCAGAAGAUCCAAACGAAGAUCCAGAGGAGCGUCCAGAUGCUGAAGAGCCUGCUGUCAGAAUGGAAGAGACGGUCGAAUCGUCACCUUUGACUCCCUCUCCGUCUUAUGUUGAUGCCAGUCCACCUUCUUCCCAGAGAAGUCCUGGAUCGGACUCCUUUGAAUUUUUGAGUGAAAGACCAAGACCAAGGGGGCGGUGGUCCGAGGUGGAGCGCUUCAUAGCCAGUAUGGAGAGGAUCCAGUCCGUCUUGGUGGAACAGUUGCGGCAGAGCCAAGAGAGGCAGGAGAGGCUGGUGAACACCCUCCUCCAAAGCAACCAGUCCAUGGUCGCCGCUCUCCUCCAAAGCAUCCAGAGUCUCAGGCCACAGCCGCCGGACCACCCGUCCCCCCCCGUCAAGGAGGAGGAGGAGGAACUCUGGAUCACCCAGGAGGGGGACUACCUGGUGGAGCCGGACCUCACCGGGGCCCCGCUCGCUGCCGCCGUCUCCGUCCAGAACGAAGGCCACGAAGAGAAACCGCCCGAGUGCAUUCUGAGUGAGCCUCCAAGACAAACACACUGAAUGCGCUAAAAAGAGAAGUAAACACAUUUUAAGGGACUCCGUUUUUGCUCAGAUUAUUUCUGGUUUUGCCCGACGGAGAAAAAAACUUCUUAAACUUUCCGCAAAAAACUCGUCACUAUCGUUCCGUUUGAUUAUUUCCCCCGUCUUUUAUUUUUAUUUUACAACAGGGGUCACCAGGCUUUAUGAAACCAAGAGCUACUUCUUGGGUUCUGAUUAAUGCGAAGGGCUACCAGUUUGAUACACACUUAGAUAAAUUGCCAGAAAUAGCCAAUUUGCUCACCUUUAAUAAAUAAAUCUAGAUAUAUAUAUAU